UCCAUUUUCAGUCUAGAAUCUGUGAUAAGGCUUCUUGGUUCGAAGAAGGAAAAAAAGCUGCUUUCACACACACAUAUCAUACAUAUAUUAUAUUAUAUACACACAUAACAAAUAUUUACAUAGAUAUAUGUAUGUAUUUAUUUACUGCAGGAGUGUUAUUUGCAACCACAACAAGAAAAAGAAGCUGAAUAACUGUAGAAUAAUGCCAACGUAAGGGGGGUACCUUUGAAAGAAAACCUGUUUUUCUCUUAUAGUGUUUGUGACCCUGUCAUGCUCUUCUGGGGGGUGUUUAUUAUUGGCAGCAGUCUUUGAAACAAUUGCCCCCUCAUCCACAAAAAGUCAACAGCUAAAAUAUCGUUGAUACUAAUUGAAGGCUUUUGUUUUGUGUGUAGGCACCUCAGAAUUAGUAUAAAUUCCAGAUAACUAUCUUUUCAUUUAUAUAUUUAUUUUGUCAUUUUGUGUGUGAUCUAAGUUUUACCAUACAACCAAAAAAAAAAGAAAAGUGAAGCCAAGACAUUAAAAAAAAACAAAAAAAAAACAAACUAAAAAACAGUCCGCAGCAAUUCCUUGACAAUUUCUUUCGUUGUCGUAAUAAUAUAUGUUACAUAAAUCAUCGUCGUUUCAUCAUAGAAAUCGGUAAAUUUGGUAAAUUGUGUGGCAGAUUUUUCACCAAACGACGUAAAGAACCAAAAAACAAAAAAAAAACAAAAAUUGAAUUAACAAAAAGACAGCAAUUCCAGUCGAUACAUGUACAUAUAUAUAUAAAUUUAAAAUAUAUAUGUAUAGAAAUAUGAUACUUUAAAUCACUUUGGCAUUAGGAUAUCUCUUGUGUCAAAAAUUUUAUCACAAUGAAAACAUAUCAAGCUUGAUCUCUGAAGUGUUGCCAGACAUCUAUUGUCAUCAUGGCUGGAUCAGUAGCAGGGGGAUCUGAUGUAUGGCGUAUUACUGGGGAGGAGAGAGGAAAACAUGACUCCCAGUUUUUCCUACUGAAACCUGUUAAUGGCUUUAUUACAGGGGAACAAGCCAAAGGUUUCUUUAUGCAAUCAGGACUUCCAACUGCUGUGUUAGGUCAGAUAUGGACUCUUGCUGAUAUGAACACCGAUGGGAAGAUGGACAAGAAGGAGUUUUCGAUAGCCAUGCAUCUCAUCAAGAAAAAACUACAGGGUUAUGAGCUACCCAAAACGCUCCCUGCUAGUCUAAAAGCUGACCCUUCAGUAAUGGUUAACUCUUAUGGAAUGGGUCAGAAUAUCAAUCAACAGAUGACUAUGCCAAUGGCCAUGACAAGCGGUAUGGGUGUUCCACCCAUGUCUUCCAUGAUGCUGACUCCACUGUCUAUGAACCCUGCUACAAUGACCACCCAAGUUUUCGCUAACGGGGUUAUGAGUACAGCACCAUCUACAGGCUUUACCGCUCCUAUUAUACCAGUCGAUGCUCCUCAAGUUCGAUCAGGGUCUUUCUCAAUGAAUCAAAGCCCUGCUCCUUCACCAUGGGUGAUAACACCACAGAAAAAACAACAAUAUGUACAGAUGUUUGCUACACAGGAUCGAAACCAACAGGGAUAUAUCAUGGGUGUUGAUGCUCGCCCUUUGCUACUUAAUUCUGGUUUACCACAACCUAUUCUUGCUCAAAUUUGGAACCUGUCGGAUGUUGAUAGUGAUGGAAAGCUUUCUUGUGACGAAUUUUGCAUUGCCAUGCAUUUGAUUGAUGUUGCUCGUACUGGUCAACCUUUACCUGCCAAACUACCGCCUAGUCUGCACCCUUCUACUUCCAAUAGAGGAAGUCGCUCAAGUAGCCUCUCUGGACCGAGUGGUUCCCAACCUGGCACACCAGGCCCGCAAAAAGAUGUGUUUAGUGACCUGCUAGGACACAUGGGAAUGUCUCAAUCUCCGACGCCGACGAAUGGAGAAUCUAAAACUGAUGAGUUGCCUGUCACAUUUGAAGACCGAAGGAAAGAGAAUUUCGAAAAAGGUCAAGCUGAGCUGGAGAGGCGCCGUGCAAUAUUACAGGAACAGUUGAAGCGGGAGGAGGAACUGCGUUUGGAAAAAGAAAGGAAGGAACAUGAAAAGCGGGAACAGCAAAGAUUGGAACAAGAACGAAAACGCCAGAUGGAGUUGGAACGCCAACUUGAGAAACAGAGAGAAAUUGAGCGGGAGCGUGAAGAACAAAGACGAAAAAUGAUGGAACAAAGGGAGGCUGCCAGGCGAGAAUUAGAACGGCAAAGACAGAUGGAAUGGGAAAGACAGCGUAAAGAACACCUUCUGUCUGAGAAACACCGUGAAUAUGAACAGUUAGAAACUCUUAAGUCACAGAGCAGCAAUUUAAAAUGUGAACUAGAAGCAUUGGAGGGUAAAAAAAGUGAACUUGCUCAGAAGAUUACCCAAGUUCGCAAUGGGGUCGCUGACUUCACAACGAGCAUUGAAAGGAUGCGUCAAUCCAGGGACUUGAAAUUAGCUGAUAUUGAGAGGUUUCAACUACAGUUGCAGGAUCUCAGUCAGAAGUAUUUAUUAUUACAGCAACAAAAAGAGCAGCUCAAUUUGAAAGUUGAAACGGCCGGUUCAACACCAGCCUCUGAAAUGCAUCGAACCCUGUCGCAUGGAGUUGAAAUGAAGAAGAAUGCAAUCGAAAAAUUGACCAGGGAACUGGAUGAAAUGGAGAAAGAAGCCAAAUCGAAACUUCUUGACAUUGAAAAUGCCACUGCAGAACUCAAUGGACUGAAUAAACAAGUAACUGAAUUGCAGAGUGACCUGAUGAAGAAACUUCAACAGAAGAAGAAUGUUGCCAAACAUUCAAGACCAGAUAAAUUAAAAGAAGGAAUUCAAAGAAGUAGUUUAGAAGAACCAAUUCAAGAAAUUACUGAAGGUAAACAAGAGGGGUGGUUCAAUGCAGACUUCAGUUCUAUGGCUAACAAUACUCAAGAGCAGCAGCAACCAGCACAACAACAACCACAACAACAGCAGCAGCAACAACCACCACAACAACAACAAGCGGUUAGCGAUAUAGGCUGGGAUGCAUUUGGCAACCAAUCAAACGAAACUAACACUGAAGACACGUGGGCAGCUGAUAUCACAACGGCAGCAGACAAUACCUCUGCUGCUGCUGAUACAACCACUACUACCACUACAUCAACAACACCACCAUCUACAAUUACUACUACCACUACUACUGUGGCUGACUCUAGACAAUCUAGUGUUAAAAAGCAGUACAGAGCCCUUUAUCAGUUUGAGGCCAGAAACCAUGAUGAAUUGUCUUUGAUGCCUGGAGAUGUCAUCAUAGUGGCAUCAGCUGAAGAUGAAACUGUUCCUGGUUGGGUCAGUGGAGAACUUGAUGGGCGAAGCGGCUGGAUUCCCAAAGACUAUAUGGAGUACAUCGGUGAUAUUGAAGACACCGCUAAUUUUGCAAAUGGACAGCAACCAGCUACUACCAUUUUGGCAUCAGAGGAUUCUUCAUUUACUGCAGUACAAUCACGAGCAGUUAACAGCUCACCUACUCCUGGCCAGGGUAUGGCAGCUCCAGAGGGACUACAAGCUGUUGCCCUGUAUCCAUGGAAGGCUAAGAAAGAGAACCACCUCACUUUCAACAAAGGUGACACCAUAAUUGUGAAAGAACAACAAGAUAUGUGGUGGUCUGGAGAACUCAAUGAUAAGGAGGGAUGGUUUCCUAAGUCAUAUGUGAAAUUAAUUGGCACCAGUGUUCCAAAGCCCAGAAAACGUUUGUCUUUGACUGCAACAAAGACACUUCUAGAGACGCAUGCAAUCAAACAACAACAACAUAACUUACAUAAGAUGAAUGCCAGCUCACAAAAUGAAAUGGCCGUUACAGAAGGCUCUACAGUGGAAGAAAACAAGUCAACUACUUCAGCAGAAAAGAAAGCUGAUAUGCCUGUUCAAUAUGUAGCGAUGUAUAAUUACGUUUCUGAUGAACCCUGUGAUUUAACCUUUAACCAAGGAGAUGUGAUUACUGUUAUGGCAAUGGAAGGUGACUGGUGGACUGGUAAUAUUGGCGAUCGAUCUGGAAUAUUUCCUGCUAACUAUGUGAAGAAAAUGGAAGUUCAGGAAGAUUUCGGAGGUGUCCUAGAGACUGUUGCGACCACAAGUAUCAUGCCUGAAUUGGCUGUGGCCCCGGCUGGGGAUAGUACAACCAAUGAGACAGCCACUGUGAUUGAUGACCAAACUGACCUCUCUGUGCAACAGUCACAAACUCCACCUGUUGUUGAUGAUGGCAUGUUGUCUACCGGACAGAAACAGAGUAAGAAGCCAGAAAUUGCUUCCGUGAUUGCCAGUUAUACUGCGACUGGCCCUGAGCAACUGUCCCUGCAGCCAGGCCAGUUGAUACAGGUGCGCAAGAAGAGUCAAAGUGGCUGGUGGGAAGGUGAAUUGCAGGCCCGCGGUCAAAAAAGAAAGAUGGGUUGGUUUCCUGCAAAUUAUGUGAAACUGCUUGGCUCCUCUAGUGCACGAUCAACUCCUGAUCACCAUCAAGGGAUGUCUCCUAGCCCUCAGCUGCAGACCAUGGGCAGUAGGACAGGAACGCCAGCUCCAGUUCUGGCCACAGCAACAGUCAUACCUGCUCCUGCUCCACAACAGUACUUUGAACAAGUUACCUGUAUGUACCCUUAUACAGCUCAGAAUUCCGAUGAGCUGACAUUCCAGAAAGAUGAUGUGAUCAAUGUUAUCAACAAAGAUGACCCCGAUUGGUGGAAAGGCGACCUAAAUGGAAUGAUUGGUGUAUUUCCAUCCAACUACGUCGCUGUCGCUAACUCUUCUGAAGAAUUUGUCUCUACUGGUCCUCCUUCACUUCAAGAGAAGCUGCGCCAAAGAGCCAUUCAAGAACUUAUUUCUACAGAAGAAUCAUAUUUGCAAGAUAUGUCUAUUGUGGAUAAGGUCUUUCGUCAACCACUUAAAGAAAAUGGUGUCCUUAGUGAUGAGGAAGAUAAAAUAUUGUUUGUAAAUUGGCAGGAGUUGAUCAUUUGUAACACCAAACUAGUAACUGCAAUGAGAGUGCGAAAGACUUGUGGGAAGAGUAAAUCCAUUCAAACAAUAGGAGACAUCCUGUGUGAAAAUCUGCCUCACCUAUCACCUUACAUAAGAUUCUGCAGUUGCCAAUUAAAUGCAGGGACCCUCUUGCAAAAGAAAACAGAAAAUGUUCCAGAAUUUGUUGAGGUUCAUAAACAAUGUGUCACAGAUCCUGCAUGUCAAGGAAUGCCGUUAAGUAGUUUCCUUCUGAAACCCAUGCAGCGAAUAACUCGGUAUCCCCUUCUCCUUAAAAAGAUUUUGAAACACACCCCAGAAGAACACCCUGACCAUUUGCAUCUGGUCGAUGCCUUAGCGAAAGCUGAAGAACUAUGUAGCCAAGUGAAUGAAGGAGUGCGAGAGAAGGAAAACUCCAAUGAUCUAGAAUGGAUCCAGCAGCAUGUACUCUGUGAAGGUCUGGAUGAAAAAUUAACUUUUAAUUCUGUCACCAAUUGUCUGGGACCAAGAAAAUUCUUACACUCUGGUACUUUAUACAAGGCUAAGAGCAACAAGGAGCUGGUUGGUUUCCUCUUCAAUGAUUUCCUACUGCUUGCACAGUCGCAAGGAUCCAAUCGCAAUAGCUUUACCUUCAACAUCAAGUCAAAAGCCCAGUUUCGUAUGUACAAAAUGCCUAUUUUUUUGAAUGAAGUGAUGCUGAAGACAGGGACAGAUGGAGAAUAUGACACACCAUGUCACUUUCAGUUAUGCCACAUAAACCAAACUUACAAUUUGAAAGCAGGAAGUGCCAAUGACAGAGGUGUAUGGGUGAAGAAAAUAGAGACAGCUUCAAGGUACUACUUGGAGACAGAGAGGAAAAAGAAUGAGAAAGCAUAUCUGUCUCCGAGACGUUCACGCACCGUUGGACGCCUCCUUGUCAUACUGCAAGAGGGCAUCAGUCUUUGCGCUUCCAGUCACGGCAAUGCCAAACGGACUGGAGGAAUUGGACGUCUGCUGGUUGUGAUUUUAGAGGGCAUCAAUCUUGUGGCAUGUGACUUGAAUGGAAAAAGUGACCCUUAUUGUGAAGUGAGCAUGGGAAGCCAAGAACAUAGGACCAAAGUCAUCAAUGGAACCCUUAAUCCCAAAUGGAAUGACUCAAUGCAGUUUGUCAUUCGAGAUGUGCACCAAGAUGUCUUAUGUAUUAGUGUCUUUGAUCGAGACCUCUUCUCCCCAAAUGAUUUUUUGGGACGAACUGAGAUCUACACAGAAGAAAUUUAUCAAGAAACCAUGCUGCGACGUGGCCCCAUCACUAAGAAACUCAAAUUGCACGAAGCAGAAUCGGGAGAAGUUAUAAUACGACUGGACUUACAGUUGUAUGAAACAACAUAACACUGCUGAAACAGCUGGCACCCAUACAUUACCUACCUACCUGCAUACAUACAUGUGCACGCACAUCCACAUAUAUAUAUAUAUAUGUGUGUGUGUGUGUGUGUGGAUGUACACAAAGACAUAAGAAUUCUUUCAUGAUACAAACUUAGCAUUAAUAGUAACAAUUAAAAGUAACGUUUUACAUUGUUGUUACACCAAAUUUAUCAUGUAUGUGCAUAUAUAUAUAUAUAUAUAUAUAUAUAUAUAUAUAUAUCUUUGUUUUUCUCUUGUGUUCUUUUAACUCGUCAUUUUAUGGGCGGGUGGCAGUUGGAAAUUGCUAAUGAAACACACAAAUAAAUAAAUAAAUAAAUAAAACAAGAAAUAUGCAAAAAAAGUCACUCUUGCAUAACAUCUAAAUUACACACACACACACAUGCUCUCACAUACACACACACAUGUAUAUUUAUUUAUUUGUGCAUUAACAAUGUUACGGUCUGUUACAUUUAGAAAUUCUUUUCACAUGAAACCAUUGGUAACAUUCAUAAUCCUCAAAUGAAGAGUAUUUAUCUGCCAAAUAUGGUGUUGAGUACACAUUCUCACUGUUUUAUAUCAUCGUGUGUGUGUGUUUAUAUAUAAAUAUGUAUAUAUAGGUGCUGGUGUGACUUCCCAAUCACAUGGCUCCAGCUUCAAUCCCACUGCAUGGCUCCUUGGGCAGGUGUUUUCACACACACACACUGGGCUGGAGCAAUGGGAAGAAUACACUGCAUCACCUGGUUCAGGAAUCAAAACCACAAUCGUAAGAUCAUGAAUGCAAUACCCUAAACACUAAACCACAUUUCCACACACACACACACACACACACAAACACGUAGAGAGAGAGAAAACUGGAGAAAGAGAGAAGAAAAAGAUCAUUAUUGAUGUGCUCAGUGACUGAGUAUUCCAACAGACUUGAGCACCCUUAAUUUAAUUCUCAGAGAGAAUAAGCAUAGCAUAGUGUGACAUGGGGGUCACCUUUGAAUUACUAGUACAAUCCAGCUGACAGGCUUCUGUACAGUUUCCCUCUACUUAGCUUCGCUCACAACAUAUGGAUCAACCUGAGGUUAAAAAAAAAAUAAUGACAC